AGGGAAGGGGGCGGGGCAGGGACACGCCCCCCCGCCCCUCAACCGCCGCCGAUUGGCCCACGGAGUCUCCGCAUUGGAGUUAGGCAGGCUCUCCCGGGAGCUCGCGCCACGGCUCCGGCCGAGGAUUGGCUGUUCCGGGACGUUUUCUUCGGGGAAUCGUGGCUGUGACUCUGGAGGCCCGAGCCAGACCAGCCUCGUCGUGGAAUCAUUGACUUUCAACGCUGGAACACACCCUCAAAGACCAUCAGCAUCCACCUGUUCUUACAGAUGUAAGAGGGCAACAGGCCCAGAGAGGUGAAGGGAAUUGCCUGAGGCCCCUGAGCAAAGCUCCCAAGAUGGGCACCCCAGCCUCGGUGGUGAGUGAGCCGCCCUCCUGGCAGGCCCCAACUGUGGCCCGGGGCCGCAAACAGGCCUCAGCCAACAUCUUUCAGGAUGCUGAGCUCCUGCAGAUCCAGGCCCUGUUUCAAAGCAGUGGGGACCAGCUGGCUGAGGAACGGGCACAGAUCAUCUGGAAGUGUGCAGGGGACCACCGGGUGGCGGAAGCCUUGAGGAGGCUGCGUAGGAAGAGGCCCCCAAGGCAGAAACCCCUGGGCCAUGUGCUCCACCACUGCGGCGGGCUCAAAAUCCCAGAGCCCUACUCUCAACUGGCCAGCCCAGAGAGCAGUACCACGGAGACAACUACCAGUGAGCAGCAUUUGAAUUCUAGGAGGACAAGUGCCAGGAUCCGCCAGAACUGGAGGAAGUCAGGUCCCACAAGCUAUCUCCAUCAGAUUAGACACUGAUCCAGAGAAGGGGUCAGGAAUGGAAGCGUCUUCCCCAGGAACUAUAGGGAUUUCUGCCAAAAAGGUCCAGGGAGGUGGAGGAGGAAGAGACUUAAUGUGGGCAGCCCCACACAGGUAUAUGAAAGGAAAAGACCGUUGCCACUGGCUUACUCAAGUCAUAACAGGAUUGGAGGUUUCCACUGGGCCGUAUGUUAUUUAGGAUCCAUUCCUCACCAGAAUGAGGAGAGACACCAACAGUUCCUGCCUCAGCCCUUCCCAGUCUAACACUAUGCCUGGGCUGCAUGAUACCCCCCUGGAGUCAAGUGACAAGCACUCAGAUUCAGCAUAUCACCUGAGCUACUGAUCCUCCUGCUACAACUGUAACCCAUGGUCCAGCAGCCCACCCCAUGCACCUGCCCUCGUCAGACCAGCACAAGGAAACCAGUUAAGUAGAAAAUAAAAACAUUUGCAUCAGGAA